AUGGCGCUGUGCAAGAUUCCCAUCUCAAGCAACUUCUUCGAACAACGAUCGAACAUCUUCGAGUUGGGUACUGGCUUCAGCAGCAUUCCCUGGGUCGCGUCCUCGGUGCAACAUGAGGAAGCCGUUCCCUACGAGCGCUCUGAGAUCCUCCUGAAGUCUCUGAAGAGCUGUUCGGGUGAAGAGUCCUGCAGGAUGGAGGGAGUGAGGAAGAGCCUGGGAAUUCUGGGAUUCCUGUGCCUGUGGAUUACGGCUCAGGCUCAGAUGAAGAUCCCCCCGGAGACGGUGCAGCAGUGGGCGUCGGUGUUUUCCGUUCAGCUGCGAGAAUUAACCAUUAAAUACUCCGGCUCCCAGCUGCUGCAGAAGAAACUGAAGGAUGUGGAGCCCAUCAUUAAGAUGGUGGAUCUGAACGGGAACAACCUGGUGAAGGAUUACUCCGACGAGAUCGAGCGCUUGUUGGGAAAGAAGAUGAAGUCUGUGAGGAGGUUAGCGGAGUCUGCAGAGGACGCUGACCUGUACCACGAGUUCAACGCCACAUUACAGUUUGAUUACUACAAUUCGAUGCUAAUAAACUCAGGGGACGAGGACGGAAACAGUCCAGAUAUGGGCGCUGAGUUUCCUCUGGAGGAAAGCGAGCACUUCAACAACCUGCGUGUCAACAUGUUGCUGAGCGACAUCCAGGUUCCAACCAACGUCUUCAACAAAGAUCCGAACAUCCUGAAUUCGAUCUAUAACUCGGAGGCGCUGAACGAUGUUUUUAUCGGAAACUUCCAGAAAGAUCCCACGCUCACCUGGCAGUUCUUCGGCAGCUCCACCGGGUUCUUCCGGAUCUUUCCCGGUAUUAAAUGGACUCCAGACUCUAACGGUGUUGCAGCUUUCGACUGCAGGAACAGAAACUGGUACAUCCAGGCCGCCACCUCCCCCAAAGACAUCAUCAUCAUGGUGGACAUCAGCGGCAGCAUGAAGGGUCUGAAGAUGACCAUCGCAAAACACACCAUCAACACAAUCCUGGACACACUGGGGGAGAACGACUUCGUCAACGUGAUCGCUUACACAGAUUACAUUCGUUACGUGGAGCCGUGCUUCAAAGGAACCCUGGUGCAGGCUGACCUGGACAACAGAGAGCACUUCAAGCAGCUGGUGGACGAGCUGCACGUUAAAGGAGAGGCGAAGAUCAACAAAGCCAUGAAGGAGUCCUUCAAGAUCCUCAACGAGGCCAGGAUGAACGGGCGGGGCUCCAUGUGUAACCAGGCCAUCAUGCUGAUCACUGACGGAGCCAUGGAGGACUUCGAGGCCGUCUUCGAGGAGUUCAACUGGCCGGAGCGCAGGGUGCGAGUGUUCACCUACCUGAUCGGCAGAGAGAUGACCUUCGCUCAGAACACAAAGUGGAUCGCCUGCAACAACAAAGGUUACUACACACACAUCUCCACGCUGGCGGACGUGCAGGAGAACGUGAUGGAGUAUCUGCACGUCCUCAGCCGACCAAUGGUCAUCAACCACGACCAUGACAUCAUCUGGACCGAGGCCUACAUGGACUCUGUGCUUCCCAACACCAUGGAGCUGUUCACCACUAAAGCUCAGAGUCUGCUGAUGAUGACGUCUGUGGCCAUGCCCGUCUUCAGCAAGAAGAAGGAAACGCUGUCUCACGGCAUCCUGCUGGGCGUGGUCGGCACAGACAUCCCUCUGAUGGAGGUGAUGAAGCUCGCCCCCAGAUACAUGCUGGGUCCUCACGGCUACGCCUUCCUCAUCACCAACAACGGCUACAUCCUGGCUCACCCUGACCUCCGACCUCUGUAUAAAGACGGGAAGAAGCUGAAGCCGAAGCCCAACUACAACAGUGUGGACAUGUCCGAGGUGGAGUGGGAGGACACAGAGGAGACGCUGAGGACGGCCAUGGUGAGAGGAGAGACGGGCAGCAUGAGGCUGAGCGUCAGAGCCUCCGUGGACAAAGGGAAACGUCCUCUGUACCUCGUCAACGAUUACUUCUACACAAACAUCGAUGAAACUCCUUUCAGUUUCUCCAUGGUGCUGACGAGAGGUAACGGGAAGCUGAUGUAUUUUGGAAAUGUGUCUGUGGAGGAAGGACUGCACGACCUGACUUCCCCCGACCUCAGCAUCGCCUCCGAGUGGAUGUACUGUGUGACGGACAUCGACCCGAGCUACAUGAAGUUCUCUCAGCUUCAGGCCGCCAUCCGGUACCUUCUGGGGCUGGAGCCGGAUAUGGAGUGUGACGAGGUGUUGCUGCAGCACGUUCUGUUCGACGCGGUGGUGACGGCGCCGAUGGAGGCGUACUGGAACGCUCUGAUGCUCAACGACAAGGUGGAGCCGGGCGUGGAGACGGCGUUCCUCGGGACUCGCUCCGGCCUUUUGAGGCUCACAAGAUACGCCGGAGUGGAGAGCAGGGUGGCAAAGAAGUUUCUGACGGCAGCGGAUAAAGCCAACCUGUUCACCAUGGAUCACUUCCCGCUGUGGUACCGGCUCGCCGUGGAAAACACUCCCGGAAGCUUCUACUAUUACCCAGUCAACGACAAAGGAGUGAAGUACGUGAUCGCGGUGACGUCAGCGACCGUUUCCUCUGAAGGGAAGACGGCCAUAGCUGGAGCAAUUGGGAUCCAGAUGUCCUUGGAUAUGCUGGAGAAGAGGCUGUGGGCCAUCGCCAAGCAGCCCAGCGACACAGAUUGUUCCACCAUCGAAGGAGUUUGUCCUCUGAGCUGUGAGAGCCUCGAUCUGAACUGUUUCCUGGUCGAUAACAAUGGCUUCGUCCUGCUGUCCAAAGAGAGAAACGAUGUGGGUCGGUUCUUCGGGGAGGUGGACGGGUCCACGAUGGCGUCGCUGAUCAAGAUGGGGAUGUUCAAAAAAGUGUCGUUGUUUGACUACCAGGCGAUGUGUAAGGUCGCCCAUCACCACGGCAACAGUGCCCGGCCUCUGCUCAGCCCGUUUUACGCUGUCGCUGCGAUCCUCCGCUGGAUCCUCUCCAACGCUCUCAUGUUCCUGCUGGAGUUUAACUUCUGCGGCCUCUGGCAUUCUGACUACUUUGUGGACGCCAAGGCCGGCUAUCAUACCAGUCACAAGACGAAGAAGGUGGACGCGCUGCAGCCCUGCGACACGGCGUACCCCGGCUACAUGUACGACUCGUCGGUCAGAGAGGCAAACAGCCUGAUCAAGUGUGGACGCUGCCAGAAGAUGUUCGUGGUGCAGCAGAUCCCUGACAGUAAUCUGAUUCUGGUCGUGGCUCAGGCGGACUGCGACUGCUCCCGUCAGUACGGACCCAUCCCGCUGGAGCCCAAAGAGAUCAAAUAUAACGCCACAGUGAAGUGCAACAGGAUGAAGUCCCAGAAGGUGAGGAGGAGACCGGAGUCCUGCCACGCGUACCACCCCAAGGAAAAUGCUAAGGAGUGCGGCGGCGUGGCGGCCAUCUUCCCAUCUCUCUGCAUCCUGUCGUCUUCUCUGCUCGCCUCAACGCUGCUCCGCCAUUGGACGUAAACGGACCAAUCAGGAAGCAGGAUAACCAAACGUCCAGCAGGUAGCCGGAGGAACAUUUUCACUUUCCUCCAGAGACAACAGGACUCACAGCGGAGGAUUUAAAGGGCUAUUCCUCUUCUUUUUAUUAAGACUUUUCCUGGACUAUUAACUAAAGAGGAACAAGGAGGCGUCACUCUGAUGGAAAUCUGAUAGACGGACAUGCAGCUCGUGUUGCUUUACACUCA